AUGAUAUCGAGAGGGCCCGCCCGGCUUCUUCAAAGGACGGCAACCUCAGCCUCGCCCCGUUCACGACGAAUAAUUCCCCUUCGCCACGCCGCCAUUAGUCCUCGAUCCAUCACGAGCUCAUUAAUACCACUCGAUGCACGACGGUGGGGUCCCUCGCGACAAAUCGCUUCCUUCCACACAUCUUUGUCGCCCAGAGCCCAGUCACCCACUGCGGACGCACUGAUGGAGAAUCUGAACGACCUGUACGCCACGGCGAAGGACGAGUUUGAAAUCGCGGCCGAAGAAACCGAGAAGAAAACGGUAUAUGCCGCUGAUGAUCGGCAGGCGGCACAGGAUGCAUUGAAGAUGCUGCAGGAGGCCUUUGAGAAGGCCGUCAAGGAGAGUGAUCCCGAAGUGGGUAAGGAGAUUCAAAGUCGGGUUGGACAGAGGAUACGGGAGUUGGCGAAUGCCGUUAAAGCAAUGGAGGAGAUGGCUAUAGAGGACUAG